UUCUUUUUUUUUUUUUUUUCUUCCCUUCCGUCAUCGUUGGCGUAAUAUUCCUUUUACCUUUUACACUUCACCUUUGGCCAAGCACAUGCCGUCCACGCGAACACGCAAGUGCCCCCUUCCUUGGGCUUCUUCAGGCUUCUAGAAGGCCGGCAUGCCGUAUUGCAAAACCCGUCCCAACCCAUGCUGCCGAACAAGGUGUGCUGUGGGAGGGGUGUGCACCAGACAAGGUUCGGACAAACACGGCUCUGGACUCGGGUUGCAGAUGCCAGGCCUCGUGCCAAACCUGGGGGCUCGCCUUGGCAUACCCGACUCCUCCACUCACGAAUGCCCAAAAGCGACGCACAUGACGACGUCCCUGGAGUGUCCUGGGCGUGUCAUGUGUGUGAACUGCUGCCAGGGUUCGACGAGGUUACCAGUGACUGAGUUUACUCAACUUGGAAACCAUCCUCUAUUGGAGUCGAGUCUAAGCCGCCUGCCCCACGCCCCAUCCCUUCUCCAAACCCUCUCUUGCUGCCAUCCUUUACCACAACAGCCAAACGUUAGGGUGGCGCGAGAGCCUUCGGGAGGCGGUCUUGCUUGCUUGUCGGCGGGAUGGCAGGGGCAAGUGCCUCCGCUUGGAGGAAGAGGAAACAGGAAAAGUCAAAACGAGGCAUAUCGUCAUCACUCCCACCACCACAUCCGCCAGCCCCAUCCAUCAUCCACCUCGGUUGAGUCAGCCUAGCUCGGCUGGGCCUGAGUAGUCCUGUCGGUGUUUGCGACAGCACAGCAGCCACAAGACACACGAGCUGGGCCUCGACUUCAAGACACCCCCGGUCUACCGGUCGGGCCGUCCCCUCCAGGGUGCAGCGCCUGCUUCGCCUUGUUGCACCGUUGUACCCCUGUCUCGCGGGCCCAUGGGCCGCCCACGGUUGUUUUGGUCAGUGAGCUGCCGGCACAUGUUUUGCAACAGUCAACCGCAGGCUCGCAGAAGGAGAACAUGAAGACACGGCGAGGUAUAGGGAGAGCAACUGAUUGGCUGCACUUCACUCUUCACUCUUCGAGACGCGGCCCUUGUGCAGACCCUAUCUACGCCUCCCGACCUGGGCGAGGUACACUCAGGCUGCAGCAUCCAAAGUGGCUGGCUGGCUGGCUCCCCAGACGAAGGUCCCUUCGGUCUGACUCGCUGGGCUUGGGCGCUGGACAGCGGGCAAAGCCUCAAUCCAGCUUUGUCGGGUGCGCCAGCUAUUUUCGUUGGGUAGCGGCGGCCCCAGUUUGGCUGGGCAGUGUCGGCACCCGCCAGGCGUCAAUCGUGGCCCAAAAUACCCCGAGCCCCUGGUCUUGCUCCUCCCAUCCUUCCCAUCCAAGACCCCCAAGACCCAAAGACCCCUCCGCCGCCUUUUCCCAAAAUUCGCGCCAGCAGCUGGCAGCACACGCACACACAGGCCAUCCCUCCUCCCCCACCUGCUGGAAAGCACGCCCCCUCACCUCGACCGCAUGGCAAGCAUCAAGGGUGCACCUGUCGGAGAAAGUCGUCAGAGUGUGAAAGAGGGAUAAAAAUUUUCUUCGCCAUCUCGGCCCCCUUCAAGGCCCCUUCAACAAUCGCUCUGCAUCCCGUCUCCGGUUCACCGUCCUCGCUGCAUAUCCCGCCUCGGCCCACGCUCCCCCAAACUCCCGCUCAGCCUUUUUUCCAUCUCGCCCUUGGGCUCUAUCAUCCUCUCCCUGCCAUUGGCGCGCCCAACCCUUGUUAGUGGCCUUGUGGCGACCCCUCACAUCGCCCCCGGCUCGGUCCAGCUCCCAGCUCGUUACUCUCCAAUCCUUGCCCUAGCACACAUGGCUGUCAUCAUGAUCUAGCCCCAUUUUCGUGCCAUUUGCUGCUCUCCAAGCCCUGUCUGCGCUUUCCUUUUCCCCGAUCUUCCAAACAGCUCCUCGGCACUGCCUGUACAUGUGCCUGUGCUGCUCCUCCUGCCGCUCACAGCCAUCUUCGGCACGUGCCGAGCCCCGAGAUCGCCCGACUCAGCAUGGCCACUGGAGACAAUAUUGACGACCGGAGUAGAACCGCCGCAACGGCGGAGGACGACGGAGUGGACCACAUCGGAAUCGACACCCCACGCUCGGGCGUGGCCACACCGCAACCAGACCUCCAUGACAAGCGACUGCCGGGCAUCAUGAGCUACUUUGGUCAGAGCGGCCAAUCGACCCCGACCCGUUCCCUCUCCACCGCGCAUGCCUCGCGCAGCGGCAGCCAGGAGGAUGCGAACAAGGAAAACGGGAACGGAAUCGGAAUCGACCGCACCGCCACAAGCACCCCGUCCCUCCGGUCGGGAGAGCAGGUGCCGGCCCCCAAGGGCAAGCUCACCAUCAAGGUCACCGAGGGCAAGGGGCUGCGGAAAUGCCGCGACCCAUACGUUGUCGCCGUUUUCCAGCGGAGCGAGCUUAUAUCAGGCGGCCCGCGCACCUUCGAGGAUGAGGACGAAUCUGCCUUGUCGGUCGGGAGCGUUCCCAUGGGGGGUGUGCCCAUCCAGCGUACAGCAAGUGACACGGGCAGAAUCCCCAUGGCCAUCCCCAUGAGGAGUCGCCAGAGCAGCAACACCAGCGUCAGCGAUUAUGCCACCUUCCGGAACCGAACUAGGCGAUCAUUCACGAGGCCAAAGUGGGACGCCGAGGCAGUCUUCGACGUUAUCGACAAGAACAUGCUUGUUGAGAUCACCAUCUACGAUCACGGCUCCGCCGGUGAGGAGUUCCUCGGUCAUGUCGAGAUCGAGGCUAGCAAGGACAGGCCCGUCCAUGGCUGGUACCCGCUCACUGGUCACGCCGACACCAUGGCGGAAAACGCGCCGACGGGCGAGAUCUUCGUCGAAGUCAACUACCAGUGGACGGAGCGCAAGCACUAUGGGCCGAGGGACUUUGAUAUCCUCAAGCUUAUCGGGAAGGGCACGUUUGGCCAGGUCUACCAGGUGCGCAAGAAGGACACGGGGCGCAUCUAUGCCAUGAAGGUCUUGUCAAAGAAGGUAAUUGUGCAGAAGAAGGAGGUGGCGCACACGGUCGGCGAGCGAAACAUUCUGGUGCGGACCGCCACGUCCAACUCGCCCUUCAUCGUCAGCCUCAAGUUCUCAUUCCAGACCCCGACCGACCUCUACCUGGUCACCGACUACAUGUCUGGCGGUGAGCUGUUCUGGCACUUGCAGAAGGAGGGCCGCUUUGACGAGAAACGGGCCAAGUUCUACAUCGCCGAACUCAUCCUGGCCAUUCAGCACCUGCACAACAACGACAUCGUCUACCGAGAUCUGAAGCCCGAGAAUAUCCUCCUCGACGCUACCGGCCACAUCGCCCUCUGCGACUUUGGGCUCUCCAAGGCCGACUUGGCGCAGAACGACACGACAAACACAUUUUGCGGCACGACCGAGUACCUUGCUCCCGAGGUUCUGCUGGACGAGGCCGGCUACACCAAGAUGGUGGACUUUUGGUCGUUGGGUGUGCUCGUGUUCGAAAUGUGCUGCGGCUGGAGUCCUUUCUACGCCGAGGACACCCAGCAGAUGUACAAAAACAUCGCAUUCGGCAAGGUCAGGUUCCCGCGGGACACUCUUUCGGUUGACGGUCGGAAUUUUGUCAAGGGUCUGCUGAACAGGAACCCCAGGCAUCGGCUGGGAGCGACCAACGACGCCGAGGAGCUAAAGCAGCAUCCAUUUUUCAAGGACGUGGACUGGGAUGCCCUACAGAAGAGGUUGAUCUCGCCACCCUUCAAGCCCAAGCUCAAGUCCGAGACGGAUGUGUCCUACUUCGACCCAGAAUUCACAAACGCUCUGCAGGCCAACGGCUCGCUCAACGAACGCGCAGCGGCCCUCGCCAAGGGAUACGGAGCCUCAACGCCGCUCUCGCCCUCUGUCCAGGCCAACUUCCAGGGAUUCACCUUUACGGGAGAGAGCACGCUCGAGGAGCAGAUGAAGGAUCGGUACGGCCACGAAGAUGAGGACAUGGACGACGUGGACAGGGCCAAGGACAACAACGACUGGGACGACGUUGACGAUGGCGACAUCUCCAAGGGGAACGGAAACCGAAUGAGCGGUAUCGAGCGGUCCUCCACUAAUGAUGAGCACAUGUUCAGCGACUCGCAAUUCGACGACAUUUAGCUAACAGCCAACCACGUCAUACGCCACCACUUUCCUGACACCAAUAAGUGACUGAUCAGGAAAGCAGCAAGGAGAAGCCAACCCAAAAGAGAGAGAAAAAAUGAAAAAGAAAACACACACACACACACACACACACACACACACACAAGUACACA